AGUCCCCUUUCUACUCUACUUACUUACCACACAAUGGCUUUCCUCAACUCAUCAAAACCUAACCUCCUCCAAUCUCUAAGUCCCCUUUCUACUCUACUUAUCAAAUUCCUCAUCCCUUUCCUCUUGCUACAACAUCACAUUGUCAAGUCACAAUUUUCACCAGCCCUAGCAAAUGACGAAAGCAUUUUCUUCGGCAUCUCUCUUUUCAGCAAAGAAGAUCCAAACAUAAUCUUGUUGGGAAAUGCCUCAAUAUCUGGUGGGGUUCUAAGGUUAACCAACAACGACCAAUUCGGCCAACCAGUCACACACAGUGUUGGCCGAGCAGUGCACUUGACACCUAUUCACCUCUGGAACAGACACAAUGGAGACCUGGCAGACUUCGGUGCUGCCUUUUCCUUUGUGGUGAACUCAAAAGGUUCAACACUUCAUGGUGAUGGUUUUGCGUUCUUUCUCGCACCGGCAGAUUUUCACUUCCCCAAAAAUUCAAGUGGUGGGUACCUUGGUCUUUUCAAUCCCGAUAAUGCUUUCGACCCUUUCAGGAACCAAGUAGUGGCUAUUGAGUUUGAUAGUUUCACCAAUGAGUGGGACCCCAGUUCACCAGUCCAGGUUCCUCACAUUGGAAUUGACGUUGGCUCUGUUAAAUCAGUGGCAGCUGUGCCAUGGCCAAGUGAAUUGGAAUCGCCAAGUGCUAUAGCACAUGCGAGCCUGAACUAUAACUCCGAGUCCAAGAGAUUGAGUGUGUUUGUGGGUUACCCUGACAAUAGGAAUGCCACUGUCUCUGCCCUAGUUGAUUUGAGGAACAUUUUGCCGGAAUGGAUCAGAGUUGGUUUCUCCGCCUCCACUGGUGAGUUGGUUGAAACGCAUGACAUUCUGAGCUGGUCUUUCGAAGCUACCUUGUAGAUCCUGAUCGAGGCUCCCAAAGUUGAAGGAGGUGUUCGCUUUAAAUAAAAAUAAAAGGUUUCCCCGUUGAGGGUGCUGUGGUAAAAGUUAAUUUGUGUGGUUUAAGAUUUCUUCUAUUAAUAACAUAUCCUUUUGAUUCUGAUUUAUAUUAAAUUUAAACCGUUGGCAAUUUGGCAUUAUAUAUUCUUGAAGUCAUAGUGGAGUUGAAUUCUUCAUAGCAUUAUAUAGCAAAAUAAUUUUACGUAG